AACUCGGUCGUUUCUUGAAAUACUUCGUCUUUCAUUGUCCCCAACCAAGCGUGGCCGGAAAUUUUGAACGGCCAAAGAAAAAUAAAUUUCCUCAGGUUAGCAAUGAGUGAUAGUAAUAAAGCAUCAGUGACUGAAUCAAAGAGCGACGCUUCUAAAAUAUCAGAAGUAAAAACAUGGCUAGCCUCUCAAUUCGAGGCUGCCGGAAAAGAAGUGCCGGAAUUUGAGUACACUCAUCGGAGCAUUUCGCAUUUGUAUAAUCUAGCAACUCUCUCUCAAUCCAAGACUCAUGCUGCUAAUAUUCUCGCCAAUGAUUUUCGCCUCAAAGCUACUGAGUAUCGUGCUCAAGCUGCAAGGAUUAGAGAGCUAUUGGAGAAUGUAGGGUUAGCGCAAGAGAGUUUACCUUCAAAUGUCGUUGGGUCAGUUCAAGUUCUUGCAAAUGUUGCAAACUUGUUGAACAUAAGGGACACUGAGCUAAGUAGUUAUCUUGUUGCGAUGGGAGAUAUAUCAUUAAGAAAGACUGGAGUAGAGGAAAAGAGGGCUAAAGCACAGAAGGACUCGAAAAUUCUUCUGGAUUACACUCGAAAGGCCAUAGCACGACUUACCUAUUUAAAAAGAACACUUGCACAACUUGAGGAUGAUGUAGCUCCUUGUGAAGCUCAAAUGGAAAACUGGAAGACAAAUUUGGCAGUUAUGGCAUCAAAGGAGCGACAAUAUCUGCAACAGUACUCCAACUACAAGGCUGUUCUUAACCGUGUGGGCUACACACCAGAGAUUAGCCAUGGAGUGUUGGUUGAAAUGGCCGAGCACCGAAAGGAGUUGGAGAAGAUAACCAAGCCGAUCAUGGAUACAUUAAGAAGUUACCAGGACUUGCCUCCGGAUAAAGCAUUAGCUGCUUUAGCAAUAGAAGACAAGAAAAGACAGUAUGCUGCUGCUGAGAAGUAUCUUGGAGAUGUAUUACAGUCUGCCCUUGCCACAUCUGAUUAGAAAAGGGUUCUGUUUAAUGUAUGAAAUGUUUUAAUCUCUUUGUUUGCAAAUAUUUGUAUUUGUUCUAUAGCAGCAGAUAUUUGAUUGUCUUAGUGUUGGAAUACCAAAAGCAAAUUUGUAACACACAUUAUUAUAUAUAUAAUGCCUUGAUUUGAUGUUAA